AGUGCGCUCCAUUCAAUUUUGUAAACAAAAGUAGCGAAAAGUAGUUUAUGUAAACAUAAACAUAGUUAGUUUGUUUUGAUCCUUGACAAAUUUAGCUGCGAUUUUUUGCAUUUUGUUGUUUCCUCUUGCUUGUCGCCUUACUGCACAAAAAUAACAAUAUGAAUGGCUUGAGCGGUAUCAAGAACCAAGAACAUGCUUGUUUUCUCCAAACGUCAUUCAAAUCAAAUUUUUGUCCUGCAUUCUGCAAAAAGUACUAAUUUUUGCCAACUACACAAUUAAAUAAUUAUAUUGCCAGUCGCUGAGGAAAGGAUUAAUCGAUUCGUGGAAAUGGGGAGGCACAAAGAAUGGAGAAAGGAAGCUAAGAAACAAAGGAGGAAGAAAAUUAGGCAAAAAUCAGCAAAGGAAAGACAAAAAGAGCUUUUAAAUGCUGAAUCAAACCCUUGUGCUCAAGCUUGGCUGAAAGAGCAGGAAGAUGCAGAUGAAGCAAUUAGAACAGAGGAAAUGCUUCAAAGUGAAAAGAAUAAUUUGAAAUGGAUGCAGGAGGAGCUGCGAGCACAGCAGGAAUUCAAAGUGAAAAGACUGGAAAGGAAAAAGCAAGACGAAGAAAUUGCCCGACAAAAGGCGGAGUUGCUGAAGGAAAUUCAAGAACGAGAAGAGAAAAAGCGACAAAAAGAGCAAGAGGAAAAAGAAAGACUGGAAAUGCAAGAGGAGGCCAUCAGACUUAGAGAACAGAAAAUUGAAGAUUUUUUACAAAAGGGUUGUGAACUUCCUGACGAGGUGAGGGUCAGCAUUGAAUCAAAUCCUCUUCAACCGACUUGUCCAUUUUUUCAAAAAGUAGCCGCGUGCCGUUUCAACGAUGCUUGUUCGAGAAAUCACAUCAGACCAUCAAUUAGCUGUACUGUGCUCAUCCCUUCCAUGUUCACCCAUCCAUCUUUGGUCACACCAAUGGGCUCACAAGCUGGAGAUCAGGAGUGCUCGUUGGAAUACACAGAUACGGAAAUUCAAAAUGACUAUAAUGAGUUUUUUGAAGAUGUCUGCUCAGAAGUGGAAAAGCUGGGCAGGGUUAUCAGAUUCUUGACAUGCUGCAAUUUUGAGCCUCACCUCCGAGGAAACGUCUACGUCCAGUUGCAAAAUGAACGGGAUGCUCUACGUGUUUGCAGAAAUCUUUCAGGACGGUGGUUUGGUGGUCGACGGCUCCAACCCUUGUUUGUUGAUAUUUCCAACUGGCGCAAUGCCGUCUGUGGACUGUUCCGCUAUGGCAGAUGUCCAAAAGGACGGUCGUGCAACUUUCUGCACAUUUUUGUGAACCCAAAACGGCUGUUUAUGAAUAGUCCUGUCAGAAGAGCAAGCACUGCCAGCAGCUCCAAUUCCUGGAGUCCAGAGAGAGAAUCAAGCCGAGCCUCCAGUUCAAAGAGCCGGAGGUCCCAUAGUCGUAGGAGCAACAGGAGUAGAAGUCGUUCACCCCGCCGAUCGAGCCGCAGCUCUCGUAAAAGAAGCAGGAGAAGAAGCCCUGACGAGAAUUUGAAGAGGAAAAGUCGGGAGAGAAGCCUGAGCCCUUGGAGUCCUGGCAGAAGGCUGACGACGGACACACCACCAAGAAAGGAGCUCUCAGACAGCACUAAUACACCUUGAUCUCAAAAGGCAUAGAAGAUGAGUGGCGUGGUUUUGUUUGUUCGCUCCUCGUUGGCGUUUGCAUUUUUUGUCCCAGUUCAACAGGCGGCUCCUUCGCCGACUGCAAACCACUCUCACCGGCACUCUUGCAGAGAG